UUUUGGGUAAUCCCGCAUGCUGACGUUAAUAUAAAGGGAAACCAAAAGUUAGGCUUUGUUUAAAGUGCAUAACAAGUGGAUUAAUGUGUUCAUGAUUUAAUCAAACAAAUAUGGAGGGUAAUGAACCCACGUCGGCAACAACACCUUUGGACAGAUCAAUCAGAGGGGACGAUCAGAUUGUGAAUGAUGCAAACUGUUACGUCUUUAAAAUGACCGAUAUCGAAAGGCUGGAGAGAUUCAUUUUCGCGGGAACAGUACCACGACAACUCGCAGCAAUAAAUGAUAUCUUACAAGGGUUAUUUCGCGUCUCGCGCGGAUUAGAAGUAGUUCAGAUGAUAUACAAGAUCAGCAUUCACAGACGCAACGCUCGACAAGAUGCACUGAUCUACGCGUAUGCCUUCUGUUGCCGACGGUCCAAUGACGAAGUGAAACUGAUGGCGUACUCGCACCUCAACAACAUAUGUAGAAUUCCAACCGACCUGUUUAUGUUUAUCAAAUACUGCGAAGAUAUUUCCCGACCAGGUACCGGUUGGGGACGGGCACACAGACGAGCGGUAUCAAGAUGGUACAGGCAGUUUGAAAAUAAUCCAGAGAGAUUGUUCCACCUUGUAACCAAGUAUAAACGCCGGAGCGGCAUCUCCCAUGUUGAUGUUAUUCGACUGGCCCAUGUUAAAAGUGCAGACCCAGUUAUUCAACUUAUAUUGAGAUACAUAAUAAAGGGUUACACCGAGGCGAAAGAACUGUUUACUGAUGUCACCACACAAACUAUGGUGAACAUUACCAAUCUGAUGUCAGCGCUCGAUGAUGCAAAACGCACAGACAAUCCGGAGAACCUUUGCAACCUUAUCAGAGCUCACCGUUUAACAUGGGAACAGUGUCCGACAAGGCUACUGAAAAACCGAUCAGUAUUGAUGUGCUUACUGCAGCAAAUGCCAAUCGAAGCAACGGUUCGCAAGCUUGGACUCAUGACUUGCCAUACAGUCUUUGAUGAUGCAGAUGGAGAGGAGUCAUUGAGAUUAGUUGUACAGAAAUUGGAUUCCAUCAACACUGACUUUGAAGACCACGUGGAAGAUGUGCGUGGAGGACCAAGGAAAGUAUGGCAUCCACUGAAGCUGUAUAAGGCGAGAACUCAAUAUAUGAAAGACAGAGCUCAUGAUAAGGAGCAGAGUGCAAGGAGAUCCACUCUGUGGAAACCAAUACAGAGGAUAGGAGACGCACUAGAAAGAGCCUUUUAUAGGUCGUUCUCAAAAAUGCAACCCACCGGAAAACGAAUCUACUUUGUCCAUAGCGUCAGCGACCGUACAAUCAAAUUAGGAGACUGGAAAUUGCCCGUGAACGAAAUUUCAGCUGUGAUGAGUGUUACACUGGCAAGAACAGAAGAAAACUGCGUGAUUGCAGCCAUUGGUGGUAACAAAAUGGAAAUCUUAGACGUCGACAGAAAUGAAAAGAUGGACUCUGUUUUAACAAGAUUGAAUAGCUUGCAUCUGCCCGGGGAAGCCGACUGGUCGCUGCCGAUUAAAGACGCAAUGGAAAGGAAAUUGCGAGACAUCGACGCUUUCCUAUUCUACGUUGAUUGUGAGAAUGCGUACACAGAAACGCAUGUUGCUGACGACAUGGUAAAGUACAGACAGUACUGCAACAAUCCUUCGGUCAAGCUGAUAGUGUGCGGCCUGAACGACUCUCCACAUUCCUUGGCCGACAAGGACGAUGUUCAUAUGCUGAAUAUUUCCGUAUUUGAUGCAUCCGUCCCAAAAUUGAUUGACAACUUUAUUCGAAGGGAAAUGCGAGGUGUAAGGCCUGAUGCAAUUUUGGCUGAAUUGCCUGGCGCGCAGAUUAUUGGAGGUCCUGAUGAUAUGUCGGAUGAAAUGCAAGGGGUAAUUUCUGGUGAAAGUCAGGUCGACCUGCCUGGUGAGCAAAAUACUGAAAACCCUGAUGAUGUUGAAAUGACUGAUGAUGAAACCUCUGUUGAAUUGUCAGCGGCUAGGUCAAAUGACGUAGAGCUCGAUCGACGCGUUAAAACUGAACCAACCCAAAAGAAACAGUAGAACAACCAAGUCCGAAGUCACAGUUUAAAAUGAACAUAAAUAUUAGAAAUCAACUCGAACAUUUUGUUAUGACAGUAACUUUUUAUGGACUUUUAAUAAAAUUGCAAUGAUAGUGAUUAGUUGAAAAAAGUUAUCGUUAUGUUCACAAAUCGUUCAAUAGUUACCUAUUAAUCCACGCUCACUGAUUAUUGAAUUACUAAAAGUGAAUUUGCUAAUUUGAAAUAUAUUUGAUAUUGCGAUAUGAAGUUAUUAUUGACAAAUCAUAAACUUGUUAUAUGACAAUCUAUUAAGGAACGAUGCUUUCCGGACACUGUUUUAUACAGAAACACAAUUGACAGGUCGCGAAUUAUGCAAUAAUUACCUGUAUGAUAUUGCAGACAGACUUGAUCCUAUAACUUACGUAUUGCCAUGAGGAAUAGUAUAUGAAAUGUGUAAACUGUCCGUGAUUUGAAAUUAGUUCUGCUUUCGGUGCCCAUUGUCGCUUGAAAAUAUUCAUAUUUGUUAUGUAUGUACUUGUGUUCAAAUAUUGUGCCUUACGAUUGUGAUUACACUUCACUAUAGUUAUUGUCGAAAACAUGAGCAUAACAUAUUAGGGGCUGAACGAUAAAAGACUUUAUGGAGAUCCGAGACGGUUGUAUUUCUUUAGGGCUGAUUGUUUCUUUCGGAAUUUAAAAAAACAUAAUCGCCACCUACGUCAUUCAAAAGGGAGUGUUCUGGUGGGCUGCGAGGAACAAGAGAACCGGUUCAAGUACCAAGGCUCGGAAUAGUAUAAAAGUGACGAUACAGCCGGAACUCUAGCUUUUUCACAUUUGAUAUUUCGAUCAACACCUUCUAAAUGUAUUAACGGAAACUUCUAGCAUGUAACUUUCUAUCCUUUAACAAGAAAAAAAAGGAGGAACACGGAUCGAAUACUCGAGGAUGGAAACGUAAAUAAUAGCUGCUGAUUUUUUUUGUAAUCCGGGACAUGUGUAGAUCGACGACUGCGUCUAACAUUUAAACAUUGACGUUCUUAAAAACAUAAGUGUCGCGAUACGUUGAUAGUUACUUUUAUUGCUCAAACAAUUAUUACAGGAUCAUUGUACUUACAACAAUUUUGAAGUACGAAAUAUAAUGAAGUAUCGGUUCUUAAUAAAAUUCAUUAACCUC